AUGUUGGGUCGUGGCGGCGCAUCCGUUGCUCGAGUUCGAGCACCUCGCCGUCUCCUUCGCACCGUAGACAGGUCUCAGCUGUCGACAUGGCCACGUCUAGUUCCGCACCAAGCGCUUGUGGCACAUUCGAAAGUUUGCGUUGAUAUCCGCGCACGUCUCGCCCGCGACGCGUGGGCCCGCCGCAACGCCGAGUUGCUGCGCGUAUUCCCCAGAGUAUUAGCCACAUCUCCUUCAAACGAUUCACUGCUCCAGACACUGCGACGUCUGAUCCGUGUGGCGCUCCACUUCGCUAAGCUGCUGGGACUAGCGCUUCCCCUUGCGCUCACGGCUCCUGUGGCGGUGGCGGCUGGCACUUUGAUGCCUACAGUUGUAGAGCGGUGGUGGGAGCUUGCUCUAUGGCUGGCUCAAUAUUCCUCUCCAACUGUGAUGAAAUUUCUACAGUGGGCGAGCACCCGCCGUGAUAUGUUCCCCGCGUCAUUCUGUGACCGAUUCGAGACGUUCCACGAGCACGCACCAAUGCAUUCGUGGGCACAGACCGAAGAUGCGUUAAGUAUGGCGUUCGGAGACAAUUGGCGAGGCAUAAUGGAGGUCGACAAUCAUCCUAUUGGCUCUGGGUGCAUUGCGCAGGUGUAUCGAGGUCUUAUCAAGGAGACGAACGAGCAAGUGGCAGUCAAGGUCAUCCACCCACAUGUGAAGCAAAUGGUGGCAUUGGAUCUGCAACUAUUACAGACUUUUGUGGCAUUAUUUGAAGCCAUACCGACACUCCGAUGGCUCGGUGGGAAGGAUAGUGUCACGGAGUUCGCGUCUCUUAUGGAGAGACAGCUGAAUCUACGGACGGAAGGUGAGAAUUUGGCCCUGUUUAGUGAACACUUCCGCAACCGCAAAGGACUCCGCUUUCCUGUUCCCGUGAUGGAUUAUACAACGGAGAAUGUGCUAGUGGAGAGCUUCGAGGACGGUCUACACUUCAGCGAGAUCUUGUCACAAAUGGAGCCGCCACGUCGGAAAGCCGUCGCUCGGGUCGUGCUGGAAGCGUAUCUUCGCAUGGUUUUCCUCGACAACUUUGCUCAUGGAGACCUGCAUCCAGGAAAUCUUCUGUUUGACGAGCAAGUUCGGGGCAGGAACUCGCGUGUGUCGCGCUCUGAAGCCAUUCGGAAUGCUGGCGUGGUCGUCAUUGAUGCUGGUAUUGUGACGAAGCUAGAGCCACAAGAUUUGCGUAAUUUUGUUGAGUUGUUCCACGCAGUAGCAACUGGAAAUGGAUACAAAGCAGGUGAGCUUAUUGUGGCAAGAAGUAAGGGACGAAUAGGUCCGAAUGGAGCUGUGAUUCCGACCAAGUGCAAAGAUCUCGAGUCGUUCUGCACUGGGAUGGAGCGGAUUGUGAACGACGCGUUGAGUUGGCGACUCAGUUUGAAGAAGGUGCACGUGGGCGCUCUUCUUCGCCAAGUGAUGGAGCUUUGCUGUACACACGAAGUCAAGCUGGAAGGGAAGUACGCUUCUAUCGUUGUCUCUAUUGCGGUUCUGGAGGCAGUAGGACGGAAACUUGACCCGGAUCUCGAUAUCUUGGCAGUCGCUCUCCCGAUCAUCACACAGUCACUCGUCAAGAACGUGCUGAGUUGA